UUAAACACUUAGUUAGAGUUAAAAUCUUGAUGCAUGAUAAUAGUGCACUGAACAAUUCAUUGAGAAUUUGAUGAUGAAGAAAUCUCUUCACUUUUUCUAUGAUCAACCAGUUUCGGUUUCCACUCUUCUGCUUAUUCUUCUAGUGACAUUUUCACCUAUCAUCUACUAUAUACAGAAAAAGAAGCAAAAUUCAACCUCAUCGUCACGGACCGGAACUAUAGCAGCUUCUUUACCGGAAGCAUCGGGUGCAUGGCCAGUAAUCGGUCAUAUUCAUCAUUUCAUGAAAGAAAACGAAUUAACUCAUGUAACUCUUGGAAACAUGGCUGAUAAGUAUGGACCGAUUUUCAGCUUAAGAUUCGGAAGUCAUAAAACUCUAGUUGUUAGUAGCUGGGAGAUGGUUAAAGAGUGUUUUACAGGUACAACAGACAAGUUGUUUUCGAACCGUCCCAUCCCCUUAGCAUUUAAACUUAUGUUUUAUGACACUGAAUCUUAUGGUUUUGCACCUUACGGAAAAUACUGGAGAGAGUUGAGAAAGAUAUCUGCACAUAAUCUCCUUUCCAAUCAGCAAAUAGAAAAGUUCAAAGACUUGCGAGUUUCGGAAGUCGACAAGUCCUUUAAAAAGCUUCAUGAGUUAUGCAGCAACAAACAGGGAAGUUCUGCAACUAGUCUUGUGAGAUUAGAUGAUUGGUUUGCAUACUCGACAUUUAACGUAAUAGGAAGGAUUGUCGGCGGAAUCCAAUCAACUGCAGUGAUAGGUACCCAAAGCAUUCAGGAAAAGUUCAAGCUUGCAAUCGAUGAAGCGUCGGAUCUUAUGGCAAUGUUUGCCGUUUCAGAUGCCAUUCCAUGGCUUGGGUGGAUUGAUCGAUUGACUGGUCUCACAGGAAAGAUAAAGAAUUGUGGACAGAAAUUAGAUGCACUAGUUGGGGUUGCAAUUGAGGAUCAUCGGCAAAAGAAACAAAUUUUUAGAAAUACCACAGGAGCACUGAUGGAUCACGAACAAGAAGACUUCAUUGAUAUUUGCUUGUCUAUUAUGGAGCAAUCACUGAUUCCCGGAAACAAACCCGAAAUCUCUGUCAAAUCUAUUGUCUUGGACAUGUUAUCGGGUGGGAGUGAUCAACCAAAAUUAAUCUUGACAUGGACCCUUUCUUUGUUGUUGAACCAUCCAGACGUGUUGAACAAAGCAACAGAAGAAGUGGAUACACACUUUAGGAAGAAGAAGAAGAUAUCACAUCAUGCACAUAUGGUUGAUGCUGCUGAUGUUUCUAACCUCGUUUACAUCCAAGCGAUUAUCAAAGAGUCGAUGCGAUUAUACCCAGCCAGUACACUGAUCGAGCGGAUGACCAGUGAUGAUUGUGUAGUAGGUGGUUUCCAUGUUCCAGCUGGGACGCGGUUAUGGGUUAACGUAUGGAAGAUGCAAAGAGACCCAAGGGUGUGGAAAGAUCCGAUGGUAUUUCGACCUGAGAGAUUCUUGAGCAAUGAAAAAAGUAUGGUAGAUGUCAAGGGUCAACAUUGCGAGCUAAUACCAUUUGGAGCGGGAAGACGGAUGUGUCCCGGUGUAUCUUAUGCGAUAGAAGUCAUGCGUUUGGUUCUUACUCGUCUUAUUCUCGAGUUCGAGAUGAAAGCACCCCUGGGGGGAAUUGACAUGCGAUCCAGGCGAGGUUUAUUCAACAACAAGGUAGUGCCACUAGAUGUUCUGAUCACCCCACGCACACUAGAAUAAGAUCCGUUCAUUUUCUGAGGCUGAUUUGCAGACAAGUCUUGUUAUUGGGAAAUAUAUGUCCGCUGCUUUAUUACAAGUGUUGGAAAUAUAUGUCUAGAAGGAGUUCCAUGUUAAUGGGAUAGGGGCUAAAGGGUCUUAGUUUCAUGUAAUACUUAUUUAAAGACUAUUAAGGGUCUUGGUUUCAUGUAAUACUUAUGUAAAAAAUAUGUCGAUGCAAUAUUAUGAAGAGUUUAUGAGCUGUUGUCCAUGUUUGAAAUUACUGUAA